CACCUUCGUCUAAUUAUACCAAAGUAACUGUCGUCUUAUCUUCUUCAUCAUAUCUUGUUCACAAAAUGAGCAGCUUACUGCAAGCACCCUACGAUGCUACGGUGAAGCUGAUGUCGGCUUCACUUGAGCGCAAUCUGCUCCCAGAUGCAGUCAUGCGCCGGCUCACUCGGCUCCUUUUAGCCGGGCGGCUUCGCUCCUGCUUCAAACCCACCUCUCAGCAACAGCUUCAACAACUUCUGGAGUUUGUGCAUUCGUUAAAAGAAAUGCCUAUUGCUGUGAAGACCGAAGAUGCCAAAUCUCAACAUUAUGAACUGCCUACUUCUUUCUUCAACCUUGUGCUCGGCAAGAAUUUCAAAUACAGCUGUUGUUAUUUUCGUGACAAAUCAAGUACAUUAGAGGAUGCCGAGGAAGCAAUGCUGCAAAUUUACUGCGAGAAAUCUGAACUGCAAGAUGGGCACACGGUUCUUGAUGUUGGAUGUGGCUGGGGAUCUCUAAGUUUGUACAUUGCACAAAAGUAUAGUAAUUGCAAAGUUACGGGGAUUUGCAAUUCGGUCACCCAAAAAGCACAUAUUGAAGAGCAAUGCGAGAAACUUGGUCUAGAGAAUGUGGAGAUAAUAGUUGCAGAUAUUAGCACAUAUGAAAUGGACGGAUCGUAUGAUCGAAUAUUUUCCAUUGAAAUGUUUGAGCAUAUGAAAAACUACAAAGAUCUUCUCAAGAAGAUAUCGAAAUGGAUGAAAUCGGACGGUUUUCUCUUUGUUCAUCACUUUUGCCAUAAAACAUAUGCUUACCAUUUUGAGGAUGUCAAUGAAGAUGAUUGGAUAACUAGAUACUUUUUCAGUGGAGGUACAAUGCCUUCAUCAAAUCUUCUCCUUUAUUUUCAGGAUGACGUUUCUGUAGUCAACCACUGGCUUGUGAACGGAAAACAUUAUGCACAGACGAGUGAAGAGUGGUUGAAGAGGAUGGAUAAGAACAUAAAGGCAAUACAGCCAAUUAUGGAGUCAACUUAUGGGAAAGAUUCAGCAGUCAAAUGGACUGUAUAUUGGAGAACAUUUUUCUUGUCAGUUGCAGAACUGUUUGGGUACAAUGAUGGAGAAGAAUGGAUGGUCACGCAUUACUUAUUCAAGAAAAAAUGACCACAUUUGCACAAGUAAAAUCAUCACAGAGAAUAAGUUCGUUUCACAGUGUGUUGGUAAUAAAAGUUGUAACAGUCGCCGAAUCCUGGAUUUUGGCUGUUUAGCGACAGAAUUAGGCCGUCGCUAAGGGAGUUAUAGAGUUGGUAUUGCUAGAUGUGUGCAUCUUGUUGUAUCAUGGAGUCUUGAACAUUUUGGUUUAUGUAAUUACUGUUGAUGUUGCCCAAAAUUAUUGAUGUUUGAAUUCUCAAUUAA